GUUAAAAGCGAACGGCAGCCAGCUUCAAGGGCUUAGCGGAGACUUUGGAAGCCGAGAGAGGAUCGUAGUCGCUUCUAUCCCCCGCUCGGGGAGCUCCAAAAGACCGGAAGCGGGCGGGAAGCGAACCGGAAGUGGGAAUGGCGGGAAUAGUCAUGCAGAAGUCGAGGAAGAUGUUGACACGGAGGUCAUAAACAUUUAUUGGCAGCAACUUUCGGUUCCUGAAAGCAACACAGUUGACCCAGGGGAUCCAAGAUGCCCCACAUAGAUAAUGACAUUAAGUUGGACUUCAAGGAUGUCCUCCUGAGACCAAAACGGAGUACACUCAAAUCCCGGAGUGAGGUGGACCUUAUGAGGUCCUUCACCUUCCGUAACUCCAAGCAGACCUACACGGGGAUACCCAUCAUCGCGGCCAACAUGGACACUGUGGGGACCUUUGAGAUGGCCAAGGCUCUGUGCAAGUUCUCUCUCUUCACGGCCAUCCACAAACACUACUCUUUGCAGGAGUGGAAGGAAUUUGCAGCUCAGAAUCCAGAUUGUCUCCAGAACGUGGCCGCCAGCACCGGCACCUCCGACUUGGAGCACCUGGAGCGAGUCCUGGAGGCUGUGCCGCAGAUCCAGUAUAUCUGCCUGGACGUGGCCAACGGUUACUCCGAGCACUUCGUCCAGUUCUUGAGGGAUCUGCGGAAGAGGUUCCCCGAUCACACCAUCAUGGCCGGGAACGUCGUGACGGGCGAAAUGGUGGAGGAGCUCAUCCUGUCAGGUGCCGACAUCAUCAAAGUGGGGAUCGGACCAGGCUCCGUUUGUACCACCCGGAAGAAGACCGGGGUGGGCUAUCCUCAACUCAGCGCCGUCAUGGAGUGUGCGGACGCGGCCCACGGCCUCGGAGGACACAUCAUCUCGGACGGAGGCUGCCAUUGCCCAGGGGACGUGGCCAAAGCCUUCGGCGCUGGUGCAGAUUUCGUGAUGGUGGGAGGCAUGUUGGCUGGACACACCGAAUCCGGGGGAGACUUGAUUGAAAAAGAAGGCAAGAAAUACAAGCUUUUUUACGGCAUGAGCUCUGAGGUGUCCAUGAAGAAAUACGCCGGAGGAGUCGCCGAAUAUCGGGCAUCGGAAGGCAAGGUAGUGGAAGUGCCCUUCAAAGGGGACGUGGAGCACACCUUGAGGGACAUCCUGGGCGGCAUCCGCUCCACCUGCACCUACGUGGGGGCUGCCAAGCUGAAGGAGCUCAGCCGCAGGACCACGUUCGUCCGCGUCACCCAGCAGGUCAACCCCAUCUUUGGGGGGGAGGAUCAGCCUUGAGACAGCUGGGCCUGCUCCCUUCCCCGCCAGGCUGCUGGGGAGAUCAAACCCCGAAUGCGCCCCCCACCCCGUCUAAUCCCCGAAUGCCAGUCGAGGCAGGAGGGCUCUUUCCUUUAGACACACAGGUUGAUUCCUCUGUAGUGCGGAAGCUGGCAACCUCCUUUAGGUCUUAUUCCAACCUCACUUUCUCCCGCUUUUCCAUUCCGUGGGAAGGCAUUCCCUGCCAAUAGUACUGAUGACGUUCCCUAGCUGGGUCACGAGAUGCCUGCAAACACAGAACCAAGGAUCUAUCACUUCUCAUCCUUCUUUCUUCACUCUUCCUCUUCCUCCUCCACUUACAAACCUCUUUCCCUUGUAGUACUGAUGACAUUACCUACUUGGGUUGAGAAUUGUCUGCAAAAAAAACAUCCAAGCUCAGACAACCAAGCACCUACACUUCUUCCUCUCAGAAACCCUACCGCCUUCUAACACGGAUGAUGUUAUCUAAUUAGGUCAUGAAAUGUUAAGGUCAUGAAACAACCAGGCUCAGAGAGCACCAAGGACCCCACAGUCCGUCCUUCUAACCUCACUCCCACGGAUGACAUUCCCUAGUAGGGUCAUGAAACGUCUGCAAGGCAACCAAGCUGAGCACCAAGGACCACACAGUCCACCUCCUUGUCCUCUCCAC